AUGAGGACUACAAAACUAAUUUUCAUUUUUAUUUCUGCCAUCAUUGUUCCAACUGUGACACCAAACAAAGGUACUUAUGCAAAAGAAAAAGUGUGCGAAGAGCUCCAAGUCAUUGGUCCAAAAAACUUCAGAAAAAUAGUGACAGCUAUAUACAGCCAAAAGCUCCCCAAUGGAACCUUUGAGGAAGUACACUGUGUGGCUGAUGAAAUGGCUAAACUAGCAGAACACUGCUGCCAAGAUGAUGCAAGUCUUGACUGUUAUGACAAAGGUGCCACAGAAAUCUCAGACAAGUCUUGUAAAGACUCACCAUUCCCCAAGCACCCAGGCAUUGAGAAGUGUUGCACCAUCCAAGGUGAUGAGAGGAAAUUGUGUUUGACCAUGCUGUGUUGUUCAGCAGAUGAACUCCCGUCCCUGCUGGAGCCCUCACCUGAAGAGAUCUGUACUCAAUAUACUAAGGACCAUAGCAGCUAUGUAUGUAUACGUAGGAGUAUCCCAGCAGGCUUUGUUCCCAAUGUGACCCAGAAUCACAUAAGGAUGGCAGAGAAUUGCUGUAAGCCCACUGUAUCAAGACUCUGCUUUUUCAAAGAGAGGUUUCAAGAGAGGAGCUCAGCCAUUUUCCUGAAGUUUCUCUCCAACAUGCGUAACAAUGAAGUGAAUCUGAAAUCUCACAAAACUGGACUGACUGCAUAUUUUGGAAGCCUCCUAAGAGUACAAUUCAAAGAAGCAUUGCCUAUUUCGAAGCAGUUUCAGUCUGGGCUUGCAAAAUGCUGUUUACAACCACAGCCUCAAUGUGUCAUUGACGAGUUUAUCAGCUUUCAAAAGGUCCUCUGCAAGGACUUUGGCAACAUAUCUAAGGAACUGCAAAGAUGCUGCAGCAAAGCCCCUCUAGAUGCUAUCACCUGCAUGGACAGUGUAAAAAGACAUCCUGUCACAUCUUCAGAUCUUCAUGUCCCCUCGGCACAGCUCUGCGAGGAAGCUCAACCAAAUAGCACAGACAGCUAUUUGUUCCAGAUUGGGGUGAAACAUGUGUCAGUUUCAUUGCCAGUGCUAACAACCAUUCAGGACCAGAUGAGAAGCAAAGCGGCAGCCUGCUGCUCAGGCACUAAUGACACCACUGCAUGUUUAAAGAAUGUCGGUUCUCUCAAUUUUCUUGUUUUGCAGCAAAGCAAAUUGGAGAAAGCAGCAGCACUAGUGUCCGUGAUUGACAACUUCUGUAAACAGUACUUUAAACUGGACUUGCCUGCAUUCAAAACUUAAAUAACGUGUCCUCUGUACUGUGCCCUGUGGAUGAGUCUGCUUCCACCUACGUACUUGUUCUAGUAUAGUUUUAUAACUUCUAAUGGCAUUUUUUAAACAAAUGAAAAGCAA